AUGACGCCAAAGCGAUUGUCCGUGUGUCUGUUUCUCUUGUUAGUGGGAUGCGCCGUGGAUCAAGUAUUGUCCGAACAGAUUAGUGCUGGUAAAGUAGAAGCAUCAACGGAGUCAACCACAGACCACACGCCUUUAUACGACAGCAGUAGCUUCACAGACGAUACUUUUGGAAAUUCGACGGAAGCAGAAGUUAAAAAAACCACAACAGCUACUUUCAAACCGACACCGUCUCUUAUUGAUACUUUUGGAAAUUCAACGGAAGCAGAAGUUCAAGAAAACACAACAGCUACUGUGAAACCGACACCGUCUCUUAUUGACACGGGAUCUCUAUCAAAACACGUGUAUGACGACUUUAAGGAAUCUUCUGUGUACCUGCAGUUUUUACUGGUUAUUCUUGGUAUACUCACCAACAUGUGUAACAUAAUAGUCUUCACUCGUAAACAAAUGAAAAGCGCAACUUCCACGAUACUCACUUUCCUGAGCUGCUCUGAACUGGGAGCCGCCAUUUCUGAACUGAUCAUGACAUCAUGCACCGCUGCGUUGGGUCACAGAACAUACACGUCAGAAAUUUUCUGGACUUUAUUUCAGUGGAUCCGAGUGUACCUGACAACCAUUUUCCAGAGAAGUUCCUUCUGUUUCAACAUACUGGUUGCCACCGAGAGGUUUAUUGCGGUAAGAUUUCCUUUAAAAGCAAAACAAAUUUUAAAGCGAAGAAAUCCACUGGUGUUUUGUGUAGUGACGUUCAUAAUUGUACUUGCCAUGCAUAUCUAUAAUCCACUGAAGAUGAAGGUUGUUGAAAUUAAAACUCGGCGCGGCGUUAUUCACACCAUAAAACACUCUCAACUAUACACCGACGACCCUGACGCGUUUGAUGUUCUCUCCUUGUUCACAAAGAUAAUCUUUUCCUACAUUCCUCUCUUCGGAUGCUUCCUCAUGAACAUUCUGAUGAUCAUGGCUUUAUGGAAUCACAGAAAACAGAGGAACCUGAUACAAGCGAACCAAAACUCGCAACAGAAAAACGACAAACGACAAAUCCAGACAACAAUUACCAUACUAGUGUCAACCUUUCUCUUUGUCGUUCUGUCACUGCCAGUCACCACUAGUACUAUCGCCCAAAGCACCCAGCCCGAUUACGGACUUAAGAAAAAGGAACAUUACUUAUUCAGAUUCAUCACUCUGUUUGGCGGCCUGCUGUAUCUCCUGAGUCUGUCUAUGGACUUUAUUGUAUACGUGAUCCUCGGCCGGGCUUUUCGACAGACGUUCAUUUCCCUUAUCAGAUCCAUCUUCAGAUGCGAAGAUGACAGUCGUGGUGUUCGGGACGGAGUAACGGGAACCAGGUCAACGGUUCUGUCCAAUGACUGUACAAACAAAGCUGGAGACAUUGCCAUGGCAACGGUGUGCACGUCUGAUGGUACCGACUUUGGGAAUCAGAGUUCUGCAUCAAUGAAGUAUGAGGUGAAGUGUCCCACUAGAUAUAUUCAAACGAAUGGUGCUGGCAACCAGACAAACAAUGGGACGGCUUCAAGGAAGGAAUAA